GCACGGUGCGCGGGGCUGGCUCCGGCUCCGGCUCCUCCCCGCGGCCGCGCGCUGUGGGCCGCUGAUGCGGGCCGUGCCCGCAGGCAGGGGGGAAGGGGAGUUCCGGGGACUCCCCUGGCUGCGUAGAGCAGCGGGUGGGAGCCGAGUGUACCCUCCGUGUGGGUAACGCUUCUGUGGGCCUUAGCAGCCCUAGGUGGCGUGAGGGGAUCCUUGCUGGGCUUCUCGCCGUCCAUGCAGUCGGUUCUCUAGAGCGGCUGUAAAACCCAAGGGCUCCUAAGUCGUCUCUUCAAGGUUACACUGUGGCGUGUCUCUGGUUACAAUAUUAAUGGUAUAAAUACAGGGCCGCAGGUUGAUCAACUCCAAAAUGUUAUCCCAGCGUCUGUGCCAAGUUUACAGAUGUUUGUUUCUGUGCAAUGUAAAAGCGAAUUCAGUAAAGGUAGCUACUUUGACCAGAAGGAUCCAUUCUUCAGCAGAACGUUUUUCAGACUGUGAGUUAAAGGACCAAGCCGUACAAAAAAAUGAAACUGAAGGAUUGUCUCAAAGUACAGAAAGCAAAAAUUUUGGAAGAUUACACAUACCAGUGAUGCUGGAGGAGGUUGUUAAUUGUUUAUCCCCCCAGUCAGGCCAGUGUUUCCUUGAUAUGACGUUUGGAGCCGGAGGUCAUACAACAGCUCUUCUAGAGAAAGCCAGCAACAUUACAGUGUAUGCACUAGACAGGGACCCCACAGCUUAUAAAAUAGCUCAGCAGCUUUCAGAAUCUUACCCGAAACAGAUUCGAGCUCUUCUAGGACAGUUUAGCCAGUCAGAGGCUUUGCUAAUCUCAUCUGGAGUUGAGCCAGGGACUCUAGAUGGAGUUCUCUUGGAUGCUGGCUGUUCUUCUAUGCAAUUUGAUACACCUGAAAGAGGUUUUUCCCUGCAGAAGGACGGACCUCUGGACAUGAGGAUGGAUGGUGACAGGUACCCUGACAUGCCCACUGCUGCUGAUGUUGUGAAUGCUUUAGAUCAACAGGCACUUGCGUCCAUCCUGAGAACAUACGGGGAGGAGAGGCACGCCAAGAAAAUCGCUUCAGCCAUCGUUCAGGCACGCAGCAUAUAUCCCAUCACCAGAACUCAGCAGCUUGCAAGCAUUGUUGCAGGUGCUUUUCCAGCAUCAGCAUUGUAUGCACGAAAAGACUUGCUUCAGAGACCUACGCAUGUUGCUACUAAAACUUUCCAAGGCCUGCGAAUAUUUGUAAAUGAUGAGCUUCAUGAGCUCUUUAUAGGGCUGAAGACAGCUGAGAAGUUUCUAAAACCUGGAGGUCGCCUAGUAGCCCUCUCGUUUCAUUCUCUAGAAGAUCGUAUCAUCAAACGUUUUCUUCAUGGAAUAGGCAUGAAGGAAAAGUACAAUCUUGGCUCACGGCAGAAGAUAAGACGAGCUCUGAAAAAUUCCUCCAAAGAAGAUGACUCACAAGAAUUUCCCCAUGGAAAACCCAACUCAAAGUGGACUUUUAUACAGAAAAAAGUUAUCACCCCUCAGGCCAAAGAUAUUCAAACAAACCCAAGAGGGAGGUCAGCCAAGCUAAGAGCUGCUAUUAAACUCUAAAACACAAUUUAUCAUUAUAUAAUUGUAUAAUUUCCUAAAAUUUCAUUUUCCAGAAAGCUACCUAGACAGAUAAUAUCAAAAUAAAAAAUAAAAUGGAAAAGACUGUUAGAAAACAUUUUUCUUAUCAUUGUGCUUCUUUUUAAUUGGGAUGUAAUAUAGAACAUCAAAUGGUAAAAUAAGUUAGAUGAGUGGAUGUCACGAAUUAUAACAAAAAGACAUCUUUUUAAAAAGAACAUAAAAACUAUUUUUUUUAACUAUGGUUUUGAUGUAAUUAAAAUAUUCCUUCUAGAUUAAAUUCAGAACUCUGACAGACUAAAUUCUGAUUGCUGAUUGAGAAAGACAAGAAAGACAUGUUUUUAUGGGGGUUGGUUUCACAAAACUAAGUCAGAUUACUGGUUUAGUCUACAGUAAGUUUUUUAACUAGCCUAAGAAUUCAUGAUAUUUAAAUUUCUGUGUCUGUUGAUUUGUUGCAUGAAUGUUUGUAGCUAGGAGCUAGAUCUUAAAUAAACUGCUAUCAUUAUGUAAUGUCUAAUCCAGGAAUUUAUGAAUGAGCUCUUACCUUUGUUAAUAAGUAAAUAUUUACAUCUGAGUGAUAGCCUGGUAAUUUAAUGUUUAUGGAUUUGAAGUAAUGAAUUGGUCUUCGGAAAAAAAGCUACUUAAAAGGCCACUGUAUUGCAUUUAGACAUUAUAAGCAGUGAGCAAGCACCAUGAAGAUUUGUACUAGAUAAUUUGGAUUUCUUCCUGCAACCUGUGCUUCUGUGCAUCCAUGCAGUACAACUUCUGUGUGUUGAUGGAAUUACUAUGAACCCAUCAAACAGGAUACUGUGAGACUUCUGUGGUAUUCUCCUUUGCUGAUGAAAUUUUACUAAGAGGUGCUACGUAGUAACCUAUAAAAUAAGUAGCCUACUAACACCAGUUUCCUAUUUGGAUGCCAUCCUAGCCAGUAAAAUUUGUAAUUUACUUUUGUAAUGUAUUUGUUAUAUAAGUUAAUAUGAAUUGGAUUUAGCUUUAGGUCUUAAAAGACCAUUGUUUUGCUAUUUUUGUAUGUUAAUGAUGAUCAGGUAAUACCAUAAGUUUUAUCUUCUUUGACCUCUGACUUACCUCUUAAGGAAAUAAAAAAAAGUUCUUAUUUGGACAAUCA